CCCUCGCAAUAGAGCAGACAUUUUGUUUUGUCCUUCUUAAAUGAGGGAACCAAACUUAUACCAUAAACAAAUGGAUGUACGUUGGACGUUAUAAGACAUGUUAUUUAACGAGUGAAGAGCUUGGACAGCGUCCAGUUAAACCAGAAGCGGCUCAACCAAGUCUUCGCACAGCUUCCUGCUGGACAUCAAACACUCAAACAGACGCUCGAACUUCUGAUCGAAGCUUCGGGGAGGCUUCGAACGCUUCGAAAACGGCCGAUUCUUGGAACUGGAGGAUGCCCAGUGUCCCGCUUCCAAGCCCAAGCUAUUCAACGGGGCGUCAUACUCCGUAUUACACCCAUCCAGAUGUGAGAAUCUAUGAGCUCAAUCGUCGCUUACAGCACCGGAUAGAGGAUGCUGAUAAUGUUUGGUGGGAUGCAUUUGCAUCAGAAUUUUUUGAUGAUGACGCUACCCUGACAUUAAGCUUUUGCUUGGAAGAUGGGCCAAAAAGAUAUUCUAUUGGACGGAACUUGAUUCCAAGAUAUUUCCGAAGUAUAUUUGAAGGGGGAGUCAAAGAACUGUAUUAUCAUGUGGUGCAGCCAAAAGAGUCCUACCACAACAACACUAGUACAAUAACAUUAGACUGUGAAAAUACAACGAUGAUUACACAUCAUAAAAUGCCAGUCUUCACCAAGGUUUGUACAGAAGGCCGUUUGUUACUGGAGUUCACAAUGGAUGAACUGAUGAGGAUAAGAAACUGGCAUUUUGCCAUUCGGCAUUACACUGAAAUGAUCCCACGGAAUGUCAUUGUUGGGGCUCAAGAUCCGAACUUUUUGGAUCAGUUGUCCAAGAAUAUUACAAGACAAGGAAUGACAAAUGUCACCCUGAAUUAUCUAAGGCUUUGCGUCAUUCUGGAACCAAUGCAAGAGCUCAUGUCUCGUCACAAAACCUACAACAUGAACCCCAGAGAUUGUUUGAAAUCCACUCUUUUCCAGAGAUGGCAAAGAAUGUGUGCCCCUCCAGAUUAUAACCAAGGCAAUGAAAUGAUGUGGCAGCCGAAUACCCCAACUACACCAGGAUCCCCUUUUCCUAAACUUCUUGAGAGAACCUUGACUGGGCAGCCUGCUUCCAAAAAAGCAGAAACGCCUCGUGCUACGAGGACAAGGCGGAAACGGAAACCUACAAAUACAAACUCAUCGACCCCUAAUACUGGGAUGAACAGCACUUCCAGCAAAAAGAAGUCGCCAAGUGCGUCCGGGUUUACUCUGGCGACCCAGGAUGUAAUGGUUGUCGGCGAACCUUCUCUGAUGGGCGGCGAAUUCGGAGACGAAGAUGAGCGGCUCAUUACAAGAUUGGGUUGUGAUGAUGGUGAGAGCAGUUUCCUUGACAUUAGGCCCUCGACUGGAGAACACUCAGUAUGAUGCCAGCAAUGGUGUCGGCGACGACGGAGACUUUGGUAACAGCCCUAUGAGUGGAAGUCCAAGCCUUUGGAGUGCGGACAGAAAACCUACGCAAGACGACAGUGCCGGAGACUGACAGAGAAGCACUGGCCACUGUUAUAUUCCCCCCAACCUCAAACCCCCCCCCCCCCCCCCCUUCAUUGAGGAUGGACAUCACUAUUUACCCCCAGUCUGCAGAUGCCCGUUUUAAUAUUACGCUUUGUUGACCCUACUCGGUCUGAGGACAUAACAGGACAGUUGUACUUGAAGGCCACAUCAGACCUCUGGUCACAAGUUUGUAAACAUACACUCUGUAAAAAGAGGUUAAAUGUAGAGAUUUUAUGAGGGAUGUUUAAAGAUAUUUAUGCUCUUUCUGGUGAAGUUCUCGCUACAGAAUGAUAUAAUUAUGACUAGCCAUCGCCCUCUUGUAUUCACUGUUUAUUAGUCAAGUUUACCGACAUAAAGUAUUUUGCAUCUUUUUCUUUUCAUGAAAAUAAAAAAAAAGGUCUUUGUUCUCAUGGUAUUUAAGUGACAAUGUUCACGAAGCAGCUACGUAUCAGACAACGAUUUGUUUGGAGCGGGGUGAUAUUUCUGACUUUAUCAGAUUUGUCAAACUGCUUCCGCAGGCGUUGGGCUUAAGUGUCCUAACUCGAAAAACCAGUAAAGUUAUCUCGAUGACCAGUCAAAAUAAAGGAGUGUUGGCGCCGAAAAACGC